GAGGAGAAGGGAUAUAGCCGUGAAAAGGAGACCACGCUGUGGAGGCCAGCACAACCCCUUUUAUCACCAAAUUGGCACUGAUACAAUUAUUGACGUGGACUGCUCUAUUGCUGUGGGUUUACCUGACAGGGGCUGCAUGUGGAUAUUGAACUGAUCUGCCCCUUCUCUUCUUACCACUGCCAGCUGUAAGCGGAGAUGGGUACCCAGGGCACCGGUAGGAAAAGACAUCCCAACAGGGAAAGACUGUCUGCUGAGGACCAUGCCUUGAAUCAGAUAGCUCGAGAGGCAGAGGCAAGGUUGGCGGCAAAGAGAGCAGCAAGAGCUGAAGCAAGAGAAAUUCGAAUGAAAGAGCUGGAGCGGCAACAGAAAGAGAUCUACCAGGUUCAGAAGAAAUAUUAUGGUUUGGAUGCCAAGUGGGGUGACAUUGAGCAAUGGAUGGAAGAUAGUGAGCGAUACUCACACAGACCACGGAGGAAUCUCCAGGUUUCAGAUGAUGAUGAUCUCAUGUCUGUGACUAGCAGAAGCAGUCUUAGGACCAAUGGUUACGAGGAUGAAUUACUUGGACCAUCACAGUAUAGGAAGUCCAGCAGGAGCCCUUAUUACUCUGACCUCAGCCUGGCCAGUGCUCCGCUUUCCUCCAAGCAGCAGCAGCAAUCAGUGCACAAUGGAAGUCGGCCUUCACUUCUGAACUGCAGCUCCCUGCCUUCCAGGUCCCAGCGGGGGUCGCUGUAUGAUGAGGGUGUCAGCAAUAACAGCCGCCGUUCUUCCGGUUCUCGGCCUCCCUCUGAGUACAGCUGUUACCUGGGCUCUGGAUCUCGUGCCUCCUCUCGUGCCAGUUCUGCCCGUGGCAGCCCUGUGGUGGAAGAAAAACCAGACAAAGACUUUGGAGAAAAGGGUAGCCGUCCUGUUUCCAGCUUGUCGGCAGCUACACUUGCUUCGCUGGGUGGGACAUCCUCACGAAGGGGCAGCGGAGAUACGUCAAUUUCUGUAGAUACAGAGGCUUCUAUCAGGGAAAUAAAGGAGAUCAGUGAGUUGAAGGAACAAAUUGAGGAUGUAGAAGGCAGAUACAUGCAAGGGCUAAAAGAGAUGAAGGACUCGCUGGCAGAAGUGGAGGAGAAGUAUAAAAGGUCCAUGGUAACAAAUGCCCAGUUAGACAAUGACAAAUCAUCCUUACAAUAUCAAGUGGACACACUGCGGGAAGUUCUCUUAGAGCUAGAGGAGGAACUGGCCGAGUCCCGGCGUCAGUAUGAAGAGAAACAUAAAGAGUGUGAACGACAGAAACACGACCACAAUGUUCUGCGUUUCCAGCUGGCCGAGAUGAAGGAAGCAUUGGAGCAGAGAGAGUCUCUCUUAACCGAGAUCCGCCAGAUGCAACAAAAACAACAGAGCAGUGACCAUGAGAUCUGUGACCUCAAGGAGACCAUAGAAUGGAAGGAAAAAAAGAUAGGGGCUCUAGAGAGACAAAAAGAGUUUUUUGAACCAGUUCGCAGUGAGCGAGACACCCUCAGGGAAGAGGUGACCCGCCUAAGGGAUGAACUAAAGAAACACGGCAUAGUGCUGGAUUCUGUGGGCACUCCCAAUGGAGAUGCUUCUUUAGAACCUCCUGCAAAUCCGGACGGCCGACCAGAUCCACCCAUAAGGGCAACAUCAAUGGAAAUCAGGAUGAAGAAACUUAUGGAUGAGAGGGAAUCCUUCCUAGAGCAGAUUAAAAGACUGAAAAGCCAACUAGAAGAGAGAAACUCCAGAAACAGAAGUCCUGAAAACCCAGAUGGGGACGAUAUGGAGAAUGGCACUGAUGUGCAAAGAGAUGUUAGCAGACAAAUCAGUGACCUAAAAUUCAAACUCACCAAAUCCACACAAGAAAUAACUGCCUUAGAACAGAAUAUUAUCCGGCUGGAAAGUCAGUUGUCCCGAUUCAAAACAUCUACAGAAAAUGCUGAAAAAAUAGAAGAUGAAUUAAAAGCUGAAAAACGAAGAUUACAGAGGGAGCUCCGUACAGCCUUAGAUAAGAUUGAGGAGCUUGAAGUAGGCAAUAGCCAUUUGGUAAAGAGGCUGGAGAAGAUGAAAGCCAACCGAAGCGCCAUCCUGUCCCAGCAGUGACAACUUUUGCAGUGGUCGGAACAUGUGCAUAUAGAUAAAGAGCACUUGAAGUGCCAUUUUCCCAGGCUUCUGCUUCUGUCAAAAUAACAAAAA